CUCUGGUUGUUGAAUGUUGUUCAUUUCGCGAAACUUUUUAGUGUAGGAGGAAUCAGGCUUCAUUGAGCACCGGUUUGGGGAUUUCCGGGUCAACAGGAGGGUCGUCGCUCACGUGGAGAAACAUUUGAAGGGGAGUUUCUUGAUAUUUCCCUCAUGCAGAAUUCAGUAGGUUCUUUGAUGGGUGAUCCUAAGGUGAGGAGAUUUCUGAAGUUGCUGAGUGAUAGAGGAUUUGUGCAAGAGUCACUUGUGACAAUAAAUGGCAUGGAGAAGAAGCUAUUCCGGUUUGGCCCACAAGGCACACUUCUUAGGAAGAAUAUCAUCAAGGAAUGGUGGGAUGCUGUAGUUAGCCACCAGGUAAACACAUUUUGUUUGGAAAGUUCACCCCUGAUGAUUAAAACUAAUCCACAGAAUACCAGUUCAAGCACUGAGUCUUCAGUAAGACUUGUCUCAUUAGACUCAAGUUCUAAUCCUGUGGAUUGCGCACUGAGAGCAUCUCUUUCUAAAGAAUGUCUUGAAGCCUACCUAUCAUCACUACAAAUGACCAGCGGACAGUUGCCUCUAUCACUGGCCAGUACAGGCCAAUGCUUUAACCUUAAGACUGAGGACAAGAGUUCGGACAAUAACUCUAAGCUUUUAAACAAUGGGUUAUGUGAAACUCACCUUCUAUCCCAGCAUUAUUUACCACCAGUAAAUGUGGCUCAGGCAGUAGAAUUCUGGACAAGAAAACGCCUUAGUUGGUGGAAAAAAUUUUCAACAAACCCUUCCAAAAUAUGCAGUUCCACAUCAUCAGUUACAAAUGGCAAUAAAACUAGCAUCAGUAGAACCAUUAUUGGCUACAGCUUCCCAUGGGGAAUUGAACCACUUGAGACAAUUGACAACCAUGGCAACAGUCCUCUUCUUGAUUUGGAAUCAAAAUCUGGCCCAUCCCCUCAGGUCAGACACGACAAGGCAGUUUUCCACGCUCACCUCCUCGAAUGCCAGACCAGUGUGGAGAGCUGCAUGGCAGCAUUUUUGACAGACAGCUACAGGGAGAAAACGGUUAAGGCCACCUCUUCAGAGAAAAAACAAGAUAUCAAGAAGGUCCUUCAGUUGCACCCACUGUUAUGCCCUUACCACGUGGCCUUGUCUGUGACCGGAUCAAAGAAAAAAGAGGUAUUCAUUUUGUCCCAACAUGUGGCAAAGGAACUAAGAGAGGGUAACCUUUCAGUCUUGCAUCUGCCAAGAAAUUCAGAUUCCAUGGAGUCUCAAUACAGGAGGAAUGAUGAGCUAGGUGUUCCUUACACAGUGGUAUUGAGUGACCAGACACUGGAGAGUGGUGUGAUUAUCAUACGGAGCAGAGAUACCAGUCUCAAGCAACAACACCACAUUAAAGAUCUUCAAUCAAUACUUCUGACUAAUCUCCAUCCCACAGAGCUUGUGAAGUAGAGAACUGGGCAAUUGAUUUUUUUGUUGUUGUUUUGGAGACCAUUGUGGAAACGUUCAUAUGCAUGAUAAUAAUGUAUAGCAUAAUAAAUGGUCAUUGCCACAUCAAGUACCAACAAGAUACUUAAAAUGCUUCUUGAUCUGAAAACAAAAAGGAAAAAAUGCCACACCAACCUUGAAGUCCAAGAAAACUAAAAUGGGGGAAGUAUUUACAGACCUGAGUAUAAUUUAUGACUAUGUGGAAUACAUUUUCCAUCCUAGCAUUGAAAAAAAUGCUAUAGCACAAAUGUUAUUUGCAGCCAGAAUGCACAGAAGUGUACACACACACAUAUAUAUGCCUUCUUACAAAUAAAACUUUAUUUAUCUUUCUGAA